GAACAUAUAACAUCCAUCGGCCCCAGGACAACAGGGAGUGUGGAGAAUGAGGUUCUGACGGUUCACUAUCUUCUGGAGCAGAUUAAGCUGAUUGAAGAGCAGAGCAGCGGCGUUCACCAGAUCGCGGUGGACGUCCAGCGGCCCACGGGCUCCUUCAGCAUCGACUUCCUGGGAGGUUUCACCAGCUAUUACGACAACAUCACCAACAUCGUGGUGAAGCUGGAGCCCAGGGCGGGAGCGCAGCACGCUGUCCUAGCAAACUGCCACUUUGACUCAGUGCCCAACUCACCUGGUGCCAGUGACGAUGCGGUCAGCUGCUCGGUGAUGCUGGAGGUCCUCCACGUCUUGUCCACCUCGCCUGAAGCCCUCCACCACGCUGUCAUAUUUCUCUUCAACGGUGCUGAGGAAAACGUCUUACAAGCCAGCCAUGGGUUCAUUACUCAGCACCCCUGGGCCAGCUUGGUUCGUGCAUUUAUUAACCUGGAGGCGGCGGGUGUAGGAGGGAAAGAACUUGUCUUCCAAACAGGCCCUGAAAACCCGUGGCUGGUGCAAGCGUAUGGCUCUGCAGCCAAGCACCCCUUUGCGUCCGUGGUGGCCCAGGAGGUUUUCCAGAGUGGAAUCAUUCCUUCCGAUACAGACUUCCGCAUCUUCAGGGACUUUGGGAACAUUCCAGGAAUAGACUUAGCUUUCAUCGAGAAUGGAUACCUUUACCACACCAAGUACGACACAGCAGACAGAAUCCUGACCGAUUCCAUUCAGCGAGCAGGUGAUAACAUUUUAGCAGUUCUUAAGUAUCUAGCGACGUCUGAUAUGCUGGCUUCCUCCUCUGAGUAUCAGCAUGGAAAGAUGGUCUUCUUUGACGUGUUUGGCCUUUUUGUCAUCGCCUACCCUGCCCGGGUUGGCUCGGUAGUGAACUACAUGGUGGUCCUGGCCGCUGUGGUCUACCUGGGCCGAAAACUCCUGCAGCCCAGACGGAAAACUGCUCACUACACGAAGGACUUCCUGUGCGGGCUCGGCGUCACCCUCGUCAGCUGGUUCACCAGCCUGCUCACUGUGCUCAUCAUCGCCGUCUUCAUCUCGCUCAUCGGACAGUCUCUGUCGUGGUACACCCACUUCUAUGUUUCCGUCUGUCUGUAUGGAGCGGCAGCUGUGGCCAAAAUAGUGUUCAUACACAGCCUCGCAAAAAGAUUCUAUUACGUGAAUGCCAGUGACCAGUACCUGGGAGAACUGUUCUUUGACAUCUCCCUGUUUCUGCAUUGCAUCUCUCUGAUAUCACUCACCUUCCAGGGUCUGUGCCUGGCCUUCGUCAGCGCCAUGUGGGUGGCGUUUCCACUGCUCACCAGACUCUGUUUGCACAAGGAUUUCAAGGAGCAUGGUGCUGGAGGGAAAUUCCUGGUGUGCUACCUUCUGGGGCUGUCCGCCCCUUACCUGUACGUCCUGUACCUCAUCUGGGCUGUGUUCGAGAUGUUCACCCCCAUCCUCGGGAGGAGCGGCUCGCAGAUCCCGCCUGACGUCGUGCUGGCUUCCCUCCUGGCUGUGUGUGCAGUGAUCCUCUCCUCCUAUUUUAUUAACUUCAUCUACCUUGUCAAAAGCACAAAAAGAACCACUGUCGCCCUGACUUUGGUCUGCGCCGUCACCUUUCUCCUCGUCUGCACCGGGACGUUUUUCCCCUAUAGCUCUGACCCUGCUAGUCCGAAGCCCAAAAGGGUCUUCCUGCAGCAUAUGACGAGAACAUUCCAUGACUUGGAUGGAAAAGUGGUCAAGCGGGACUCCGGAAUAUGGAUCAAUGGGUUUGAUUACACUGGAAUGUCCCACGUCACACCUCACAUUCCCGAGAUCAACGAUACCAUCCGAGCUCACUGUGAGGAGACAGCACCCCUCUGUGGCUUCCCGUGGUACCUCCCAGUGCACUUUCUGAUCAAGAAAAACUGGUAUCUUCCUGCUCCAGAAGUUUCUCCAGGAGACCGUGCUCAUUUCCAGCUUGUAUCCAAAGAGCAGACACCCUGGAACUCUGUCAGGCUGACCUUUGAAGUAACAGGACCGAGCCAUGUUUCCUUCUACGUCCGGACUCACAAGGGCUCGACGCUCAGCCAGUGGUCCCUCGGCAACGGCACCCCGGUCACCAGCAAAGGCGGGGACUACUUCGUGUUUUACUCUCACGGCCUGCAGGCCUCGGCGUGGCGGUUCUGGAUUGAAGUACAGGUCUCGGAAGAGCAGCCGGCCGGGAUGGUCACGGUGGCCCUGGCCGCCCACCAUUUCUCGGGCAAGGACAAGCGCUCCCCCGAGCUGGACGCGCUGAAGGAGAGGUUCCCUGCCUGGACCUUCCCGUCGUCCUGGGUGUGCACCUACGACCUCUUUGUGUUCUAG